ACGAAAGCACCUUCAAGCAAGUGCCAACUUCGCACUGGUCCACAGUCGAGACAAGAUUGUGGAGCGUUUCUGGUUAUAAUUUGUUCGCACCGCGCCUGGUUUUUGCAUAGAAUUACAUAAAAUAAAUUCCAUAAGUACACCCACCUUUCUCUUGGACCGUGUGUGGAUGCCUCCGAAGUUGGCCUAUAUUUUUAGUCGAAACAUAAAAAGAUGUUAAUUUAUUUUAUUUAUUCGGUGAUGGGACUUCUGUUAGUUGCAACUACUGCCCAGUCAAGUUAUCUAGGCAAUCUCAAGGUCAUUGAACCAUUAGAUGCUAAAGCUGGAGUAGUUAUCGAUACAGCACCAUCAGUGGUCUAUCAUCAGAGCUAUUCACAAUUGAAUGGGAAAGUUGUGGUUACUCCAUCGAGGGGUUCUGGACGAUCUUAUAAUGCUCCAGCAGUGAUACCAGCCGUAAGGGAUUUCCAGACUGUUGCUGUGGGACAAAAAUAUGCAGCACCAUCGUAUGGACCAGUUUAUCGACCUGGCUUAUGAUGUGAUGUUUAAGAGUAUUUUAAUUAAAUAAAAGUGAAGAAUAAAGUGUGAUCCCAUAAAAAUAAA